CACUUGGAUAAUCGAAGGGUCGGCUGUGAUAAGAAAUGGGAGGCGCCAGUGAAAAAGCCCCAGCAUCCAAUACUUCAAACACAGACAAUGACGUCACACAACCCGAGGUCAACACAAACCAGACACGGACACCGCCCCCUGAUGGGGGGUGGGGCUGGGUGGUCGUCAUCUCGUCCUUCACCAUCAGUCUGCUAGUCGACGGCGUCUGCUUCUCGUUUGGGAUCUUCUUCGAGGAGUUUCAGAGGGAGUUCGGCACGGGGAAAGGCGAGACGUCUUGGAUUGGGUCGGUCAUGAAUGGUUCUUACCUCAUCUUCGGCCCAGUGAUUAGCGCCCUUGUCAACAUCUGGGGUUGUCGCUCCAUCGCCAUGAGCGGCGCUGUCGUUGCUUUUAUCGCUCUGUUCAUCAGCACCUUCUCUCCCAACAUCGGCGUUUUCAUCUUCACAUACGGAUUCCUAGGAGGUAUUGGCUUUGGUCUGAUGUACCUGCCAGCUAUUGUGAUUGUGGGAUAUUAUUUUGACCGACGGAGGGCGCUGGCGACUGGUAUUGCAUGCUGCGGCUCUGGAAUCGGCGCCUUCUUGUUCGCCCCCCUGUCGGAGUAUUUGCUGAAAGCCUUUGGCUGGCGUGGAGCAAACUGGAUCCUGGCGGCAUUAAUCUUUCAUGGCGUUUUGGUGUCCAUUUUCUACCGCCCAAUCCCAACAUCUGUAGCAAGUGCUAAAAAUAGUGACCAAUCAAAGCUUGUGAACCAAGAAGACAUGUUUGAGAAGGACAAGGUUUAUUUUGAGCAAGAAAAACAGGUUAACAAAGGUCAAGACGGUUCUAAGAAUGAAAGAGUUGCAAGCACCCGGUCCGAUGCUGGUCUAAAACCUCAGCACCGGAGUCGGUCACUGACCUUGUACCCAUCAACCUUGACCUCUGAUAAAGACAAAUACACCAACAACGCAGAGCUAGCCCGCCUGGCAUAUAGCCAGGAUUUUCAGUUAUUCAACAGGAAGAAAACACCGCCGAAAAAACCUGACCAGUCCCCAUUGGCCAGGAAGGAUGUCUUCUACAGCGGAAGUUUAUGGCGUCUGAAGGAAUUCCAGGAGCUGGGGUCGAUGGAAGAGUUCCGUGAGAAGAUGCAGGUCCCGGAGCAGACGACCGAGUCCCAGCUCUCGUCGUUCCAGACUUUUCUCAAGACCUUCAAGGGCGGGUUCGACAUUUCCCUGUUGACGAGUCCCACGUUCCUCAUCUACGGAGCUUCCUGUUUCCUGUGCAUGACGGGUUUCUUCGUCCCUUUCAUCUACAUGCCCUCCCAAGCCGUCAACCUCGGUAUGGACACCCAGAGCGCCGCCUUCCUCAUCUCCAUCAUCGGCAUCACCAACACGGUGGGGAGGGUAGCGGUGGGGUUCAUCUCUGACCAGCCUUGGGCAGAUUGUCUCAUCAUCAACAACGCCGCUUUAAUCCUAGGCGGUGUCGCCACAAUUUUUGUUCCAUUUUUUUCAAACUAUCACCUGCUCGCUGUGUACUCGGCUGUAUUUGGCUCUGCUAUAGCUGUGUUUGUGUCCCUGCGGUCAAUCAUCAUGGUGGAGCUGAUGGGCCUGGAGAAACUGACCACAGCUUUUGGCUUUGUCAUCAUGGCCAGGGGGAUGUCAUCUUUCAUUGGGUCGCCGCUUGCUGGCGCCCUUUCGGAUUCUACCGGCAACGACAGCGCAGCUUUUUACAUGGCCGGCGUGACCUUGACCCUGAGCGGGCUGAUCUGUCUGCCGCUGCGCAGGGUGGCGGUGUGGGAGAAGGACCGGAAGCGGUCAGAGUACACGUCCGUCAACCAAUCAGAUUCGUCCAACAACAACAACAACAACGGCGGUCUGACGCAGGAGUUCGAGGUCAAGGCUACCGGAAACGCGACAGAGUAUACCUCGGUGACGUGAUUUUGGGGUCACGAUAAUCUCGAACCAAGUUGUGGAACAAAAUCUUUCACCAGAGGCGUAGCGACCCUUCCCGAUGCCAGGGGACAAACUUUCAAUUUGCA